UUGUCAUAUUCUCUUCUGAAUGGCUAGCUCCCUUUUUCCUUCUUUCAAAGUGGGCAAAUCGAUAGUGGUUCUUCUUCUCCCUUUGCUCUCCCCUUUCUCGAAAUCAUACAGUUGCUAUUUCGAUUAGAAGUGACUAAAACUUAUUUCUUAUAAGAUUGGACAAUAGAAUCCUCAGAUUAAGCUUACUCUUUCUCAGGUUUCUUAUUUUAGGAGUUACCCCUCGUAGAGUUUUUAAUCCUCCCAGCAGAGUAUUUAAGCGAGAGAAAAUGGUCAUCCAUUCUGCAUUGAGUUUCAACUUUUGUGCAAUCUCAUCACUCUCUGUUCCUAAAGCAUGGCAACAGGGUAGUUCUUGCUCUUUUGCUAACUACCUAUUACCGUCUCCUUUGAAACGUCUGACUUGCUUUGUCACUUCAAGAAAGUCCGAAGAGGAACAUGUGCCUGAUCCUAAGCAUAACUCUGGUUCAAGGCCUAGGAAAGCUACAAGGUCCAGCGAAAGCAAAGUUUCUCUUAAUGAAGACAAAGAUCCCGUCAAGAUCUUCCCUGCAACAAUCCCUAAAAAGCCAAGACGUGGCCGCAGGAGCGAAGCAGCUGCAGUUGAGGAUUUUGUUCGUGAUUCACUAGAAAAGACAUUUGCUUCUAUCCGGGAGCAGAACUCUGAAAUAAUGGAAGAUACCGAGAAUAUCCUCAAAGAUAGGGUUGAUGAUGACACUGAUUCUGAUCAAAGUAGUGAAGAUGAAGAUGACAGCCGCAGGGAUAUGAAAGAAAAGAAAAUGAUCGUUGAGGAGGAGGAUCCAGAUUGGCCUCUAGAUGCAGAUGUUGGAUGGGGAAUUAGAGCAUCAGAGUAUUUUGACAAGCAUCCAAUAAAAAAUGUAGUAGGUGAAGAUGGAGUUGAGAUCGAUUGGGAGGGGGAGAUUGAUGAUUGUUGGGUGAAGGAAAUCAAUUGCCUAGAGUGGGAGAGCUUUGCUUUUCAUCCCAGCCCCCUCAUUGUUCUUGUUUUCGAGAGAUACAAUCGGGCUAGUGACAAUUGGAAAGCUCUUAAGGAGCUAGAGAAAGCAGCCAAGGUGUACUGGAGUAACAAAGAGCGGUUGCCUCCUCGGACUGUGAAGAUUGACAUAAAUAUUGAGAGGGAUCUAGCCUAUGCUCUUAAAGUUAAAGAAUGUCCGCAAAUAUUGUUUUUACGAGGAAAUAGGAUACUGUACAGAGAAAAAGACAUUCGAACAGCUGAAGACUUGGUUCAAAUGAUAGCAUACUUUUACUACAAUGCAAAAAAACCUUCAUGCAUUAAAGAUGAAGCUUUAUCUCCACGGUCUUAGUCAACAGAGCUCAGAUUAAGUUGGCAGAAGGAUAGUCUAAGAGGCAAUGGAGCAUGGAUCCCCGUGUAACUUGGACCAAUUGGUCGUGUUGUUCAUCUGAAAAUCUGAGUCCACAAUUGCAGACAGAACCUUGGAGGAUGACUGGUCGAAACGUCAUGAUUGGUAUUAUCUGCCUGAUGCCUCCAGCUGCUGAUGUAACUUGCAAGUGGAAGGUUGAAGAAAAAGGUUAUAUUCUAUCCAGAGCUUAAAGUAGCCUAUGCUCCAUACAAUAUAGAAGAGGAUAGUUGGAAAGAGAAGUCUCAGUUGCCAUGAUCUUACUUUAGUUUUAUUUGCUAGUUUACAUGUCAUACUAGUUUAAGAUGUCUAUAAAAUACUUUAUAUGAAUUACAAAAUUUCAUGUCAUCUUCUGCUACUUA